AUGUGGCUACCACAAGCGUUUGCUAGCCAUGGGUGCCUGGAGCAGCUGCUGCUGAAAUGCUCCUCCCUGACCUCCCUCACACUCCCUCCGCCGUUCUGUCCUCUCUCAUUUUCCAAUCCACUCACCAGCCCUAAUUCCCUCACACCCCCUAGUUUCCUCACUCCUCCUGCUAGCACAGCCUCUCCCUCAGCUGCCACGGGAACCACCGCGACCAAGCGAACCGACCUCCACCGCUUCGCACUCCCCCUUUCUCUCCGCCAUCUGCAUCUACAGUGCCCUUCAUUAAAGUCACUCCCGGACUCCAUCACCCUCCUCUCCUCCCUCACUCACCUCAGCCUCGUCUCCUGCUCCUCCCUCCGUCUCCUCCCCCCCUCCAUCAGCAUCCUCUCCUCCCUCACCUCCCUCACUCUCGACCACAUCCCCCUCCUCUACUCCCUUCCUGACUCUCUCGGUUCCCUCUCCUCUCUCGCUUCCCUCCAACUCUCCGACCUCCCAUCCUGCACCGAAUUUCCAGACUCUAUUGGGGAUCUCCACUCAUUACAAGAACUCUUCAUUAGUAACUUUGUUCAGCUACAGGAAUUGCCGUCGUCCCUCUCCGGCCUCUACUCCCUCCGCCGCCUCACCAUCACGGACUGCAAUGAUCUGAUUACGCUGCCCGAGAAUUUCGGUCAGCUUGAAAGUCUCGAGGAGCUAACCAUACAGCAAUGCCAUUUGCUGGAGCGCCUACCUGCUUCCUUCUCCUCCCUCUCCUCCCUCACCCAACUGACCAUCAACGACUGCAGCUCUCUCUCUCGCCUCCCAUCCGCGCUUGGCCUCCUCUCCUCUCUCAGAUCCCUCCAACUAUCCGACCUCCUCCUCCUCUCCUUUCUCCCCUCCUCACUCUCUCGCUUGAGCCACCUCACCCUCCUCUCUCUCCACCGUUGCGACUCUCUCUCGUGGUUUCCCCCCUCUCUCUUCCACCAGCCGUCCUUGGAGCAUCUCACAAUAACCGACAUGAAGAAAGCUGUUCUCUCCUCCCUCCCUCCUGACUUCGGCCACCAUUUACCCCGUUUGAAGAAGCUCCGUUUAAUGGAGUACAGUAGCAUUAUGGAGAAUGAACCGCGUCUCAAGGCGCUACCUCCCUCGCUCCCCCAGCUUUCCUCCCUUGAGUUCCUCUCCCUCGCCUCCUUCUCGUGCCUCUCUUUGCUUCCAGAAGACAUUUCCCGCCUCUCUUCCCUCCACACGCUAGAAAUGAAGAACUGUUCUUCACUCACGCAUCUCCCACCCUCGCUCCCCUCCCUUCCCUGCCUCACUCUCCUCCACAUUGACGACUGCCCUUUCCUCUCCUCGCUCCCCUCCUCCCUCAGUUCCCUCUCCUCCUUGCAAGAGCUUAAGAUUCAUUGCAAGAGGCUUCUGUCUCUCCCUCACUCACUCCCCCUCCUUUCUUCCCUUCGCACACUCCACCUCAACUCAUGCCUCUCACUCUCAUCCCUUCCUCCGAACUUAUCCCGCUUAUCCUCCCUUCACACACUUUCUAUCUCUGACUGUCCCGCGCUGCACCACCUGCCGACCUCUCUCCCACUCCUCCCCUCUCUCCACACCCUCGCUCUCUCUGGAACCGGCAUCACAGAGCUGCCCUUGGAGUGUGAUUCCGUGCUGGAUUGCAGUCACUCUGACCGUGAGAACGGACCGGUGGGAGGGGUAGAAGGAGAAGAAACAGCAGCAGCAGCAGCAGCAGCAGCAGCAGCAGCAGCAGCAGCAGCAGCAGCAGCAGCAGCAGCAGCAGCAGCAGCAGCAGCAGCAGCAGCAGCAGCAGCAGCAGCAGCAGCAGCUGCAGCAGCUGCAGUAGCGGCAGUGGCAGCGGUAGCAGCAGCAGCAGAAGAGGAGGAGCAGGGGGCUAUCACAACCUUCACCACGGCACCCAUCACCACGGCACCCAUCACCACGGCACCCAUCCCCACGGCACCCAUCCCCACGACACCCAUCACCACGGCACCUAUCACCACGGCACCCAUCCCCACGGCACCCAUCACCACGGCACCCAUCACCACGGCACCCAUCCCCACGACACCCAUCCCCACGACACCCAUCACCACGACACCCAUCCCCACGACACCCAUCCCCACGACACCCAUCACCACGACACCCAUCACCACGACACCUCUCCCCACAGCACCCAUCCCCACUUCACCCAGCAGUGGGGUACUGCUGCGGUCGCUGCAACACCUGGUUCUCUCCAACAAUUCCCACCUCUCCCAGUUGCCUCCCUCCCUCACCCUCCUCCUCCGCCUCUCCCAUCUCACUCUGCACUCCCUUCCCCUCCUCUCCUCCCUCCCCACACACAUACACCACCUGCCCUCCCUUCAGGAACUCACACUUCAAGGCUGCCCUGCCAUUUCCUCCCUCCCCCCGACGCUCCUCCUCUUCCCGUCCCUCACACACCUUGAACUGAACGCCCUCAAUUCUCUCACCUCCAUCCCUUCUCCCCCUGUCCCUACAUCCUCCUCCCUGUCUCCCAACCACUCUUCCCCCCGCCAGUCCGCCACUCCACCCUCCUGCUCCUCCACGUCCCCCUCGCUCCCACCUCGUAACUCUCACUCUUCCCCCUCCACACGCCCUUGCUUCCCGAUUCGCUCCAUUGUUCUGCGCUCCCUGAAGCUGGUCUCGCUCCCCUCGUGCCUCCCACUGUUGCCCCAUCUCACUUCUCUCCACCUGUUCGAUCUGCAACAGCUGCGCUCAAUCCCGUCCUCCUAUCACACGGAUGCUGGUGCUGCUGGUGACGAUGAUGUUAAUAAUAAUGACGCUGCGGUUGAUAAUGAUGAUAUUGAUGCUGCUGCAGGCACGGAGCGAGGGGUGGGGGGUGAUGGUGCGGAUGAGGAGGAGAGUGACGGUUCUGAGAGUGGGGGAGAGAGUGGGGAGGACGAAGCAGAAGGAGAGGGAAGUGAGAGAAGCAGGGAAGAUGAGGAGGAAGGAGGAUUAGAACUGGGAGGGAAUGGGCGAAGUGGAGGGCACAGGGGGUGCAUGGAGGAAAGUGGACAUGCAGAAGAUUUACAGGAGUGGGGGGCACAUGUGGGCAGGCAGUGUGCGAGGGAAGCAGCACGAGGAAAGCAGGAAGAGGGUUUGGGGGAAAAAGAUGGUGAUGGCAGUGCUGCUGGGGGGGACGGCAGUGAUGAAUUGCAGCACAAGAGUGUGUGGCGCUAUCUGCUGCAACACGGGCAGCUUACUGAUUGGCCGAGCCUCGUUACAACCUGGCUCACCUGCCGCGCUCGUUACAGAAUGCCCCCUGCUAGCAACGGUGGUAGCAGGGGGCAUUCCUCGGUUGCAGUCACAUGCUCUGCGGGAGGGUCGCCCGCGAUUGUAGCACCACCCGACACGUCAGACUCACCCCGUCAGAUCUCGAUCCUCUUUGCCGCCGGCGGCACGGGCGGCCACGUGUACCCCGCCAUCGCCAUCGCGGACGCCGUCCGAUCCCGCGAUCCAACGGCCGAGAUCAACUUCGUCGGAACCAAGGAGAGAAUGGAAUGGACGGCUGUCCCGCGCGCAGGCUACCCGAUCCAUCCAAUCCCAGCCGUCAGUAUCCGUCGGCCGCUCCUCACCACCCUCUCCAACCUCCUCGUACCGUUCCGUUUCCUCCGCGCGUUCUGCGUCUGCCUGCUCUUAAUCUGGCGAUUAAAGCCCAAUGUCGUAAUAGGCACAGGAGGGUACGUAUCCGCGCCGACUUGUCUAGCAGCGGCGAUCUGUCGCAUACCUCUCGUGUUACAAGAGCAGAACGCUUUCGCGGGAAUCGCCAACCGCCUGCUUGGCCGCUUCGCGAGCGUCGUUUUCGUUGCCUUCGCCGUCGCCCAGAGGUUCUUUCCAACCCGGCGCUGCCACGUGGCGGGGAACCCCACGCGCGCGGUGCUGCGAUCCGUGAGGGAAGCGCGGGACGAGAAGCGGGAAGAAGCAAUUGGGUACUUCUUCCCACGUGCCGCACCUGCCACUGCUGCUUGUGCUGAUGGCGUUGCUGCUGGUGCAGCUGCAACAGGAACAGCAGGGGGGACGGCGGGGGGAGCAGCGGCAGGAGCGGUGGGAGGAGCGGGGCAGAGAGCACAGGUGGUGCUGGUGCUGGGGGGCUCGCUGGGAGCACAACCCAUCAACACAGCCGUCGCAGGCACGCUGCAGCGGCUACUUGAUGGGUCCGGCGGCGGGAGCACGGCAUGUGGAGGAGAUGAGAGCUCGUCCUCUUGCGUCACAUCCCCGCGUUUCUCUCUUGCCGUGAGGUCUCUUUUCCUGCUUCCCUCUCUCCCUUCUCCUCUUUCCCUCGCUCUUUUCUCCUCCUUCCUUCGCUCUUACCAACAGUACUCACGAUCACAGAUUCUAGGUCCUCUCGUUCUGUGCUCUUCUCAUCCUCCUCUCCACGCAUGUCUCACUCGUUGUUUCCACUUUCGCCCGUCCCCUCACCCCUCUUCGUCCCCGCAACCUGCCCUCUCCCACUCCCCCCUCUCUCCGUCCCCUCACCCGUCUCCAUUUCCUCACACCUUUCCUCCUCUUCCCCCUCUUUCCCCUCACACCCCUCGUCCCGCCACCCUCCCGAUGCCCCCUCUCCAACCAUACCCCGUGGUGGGCCGUGGCAGGUUUGUGGAUCGCAUGGAGCUGGCAUAUGCAGCAGCAGAUGUGGUGGUGGCGCGUGCCGGUGCUGUCACGUGCUCUGAGCUGCUCGCUACGGCCACGCCUUGCAUUCUGUGCUCUCUCAUCGCUCAUGCGUCGUGUCACGGAAAUCACGGCAAUGUUGGCAACCACGGCAAUGUUGGCAACCACGGCAAUGUUGGCAACCACGGCAAUGUUGGCAACCACGGCAAUGUUGGCAACCACGGCAAUGUUGGCAACCACGGCAAUGUUGGCAACCACGGCAAUGUCGGCAACCACGGCAAUAUACCAUCACCACAUGUAGCAGAGGAUCACCAAACCGUGAAUGCACAUGCCAUGGUGCAAGCAGGGGCGGCUGUGAUGCUGCCUCAGGACCAACUCUCCCCAGACUCUCUCCUCUCGGCUGUCACCUCGCUGCUUGCGGACGAAGCAAGGAGAGAGAAGAUGAAGAAGUGUGCAGCGGCUGCUGCCACCGCUGAUGCUGCUGACGUCAUGGCCCAGGAGGUGCUGCGACUGGCACAGCAGCAGCAGCGCAGGAAAUUCAAGUCUAAACUCGCCUAG